CGCCGAUUUAAAUAGCACGCAAUGGCAAUGUACGUCGACAGCAUAUCAUAUGGCUGAGCAUGAGAGGGCUUCACCCUUGCCGACUUGCUCUACCAAAACACAUCCAAUCACACGAUUGCUCAAGUUGAUGACCACCACCAUCACCGCCGUUUUUUGGAUUCAUGACCCCUCCCCCUCCUCUCGGACACACGCCGCCAAAAAGACUACCAACCCCAUCGAGUCCCCUACUCGAGCGAGUACUCGUUCUCAAAGAUGUCCGGGUUAGUAUUCCUUCUUCAUACGUAUCAUUAGGUCUAAGUGUUGAGCUGAUCGCAAUCAAUAGAUCGUUGAAAGACACCAUCAAGGCGAUCAACGCCCGCCUCUCUUGCGAUCCAGACCCAGCUCUACCCCUUCCCGACGAUCUAGUCAAGGCCAUCCAUGCCUAUCUCGACAAACAUGAGCCCCGCGAGGAAUCAGAUAAGCAGCGCUUGCAGGAAGAAUUGUUUACCACCUACCAUAACCUGAUUGAGGACAACCAUUCCCGUCUUGCGCCGUUUCUCGCCAUGUUAGGCCUGAUACGACCUGGCCUCCGCGGAUCGGGCAGAAUAUUGCAGUGGUGGGACAAAAUUUCUGUACCAGUUUUGAGUAACUUGGGCGAUCAGAAAGGAUUGGUGGCCGAGGCACGAGCAGCGCUGCUGAGGACGUUGGCAUACGAUCCAGAUGAUGGUGAGAAAAGCAUUGUGGACGACGACAAAAACACCAGCGAGAUCAUGGCAGAAAGAUUGUUGACCAUCUGGCUGGUCAAGGCGAAAGCUUCGUUCGAAGAUCUCGAUAUGCAAGCUCGAUUCAUGGAGCGACAAAUUCGACAGAUCUUGUUGACUUUUGGAAAGAAGCGUCCUCGGGACUUUCUAAUUCUCCUCGAUAAGUACUUCGCGGCAAAAGCUUCCAGGAUUUCUAUUCUACCACUUCUGUGCGAAUUUGUGCGACAUGGACCGCCACAUCUGGACCAGGUAAAAUCUUUUGAGUCUUUAGAAGAAUUAAAUUAUACUGAUCUUGGUUUCAGGUCCUCCAGACGCCGCUCUUCGACCACCUCUUGCAAUGCCUCCAAACAGACACCUCAACAAGAGUCAUUUCCCUGGCCAUCACAGCCCUAAUUAUGAUCCUACCUCAUAUCCCAAACUCUGCGUCCAAACACCUACCCGCCCUCUUCAAUAUCUACAGCCGAAUGCUAUUUUGGGAUAGAGAAAGGAAGAAAUCGGAUCACAAGGCAGUGCGGGGUGAACAGGAUAGUGAUGAUGAGGAAUCUGAUCAAUUGGGAGGCGAUAAAAAGUCUUGGGACAAGAUGUCAUACCUAUUGGAUAACGAAGACAAUACGGUCCCCGAGCUGUUACAUUACUUCACUUUCCUCUACGGACUCUACCCAAUCAACUUCAUGAGUUAUAUUCGAAAACCGCAAAGAUACUUAAGACAUGCAAAGUUUCCCGGAGCGGACGAUCUCGAUGUCGAACCAACAGAGAUUCGCUCGCGCUCUGAGACCUUUAGAAAGAUCCAUGUUCUUCAUCCAAACUUUUUCAUGAUGACCAUCGAAAAUGAGCUUACUGAUAGCAAUCGGUGGAUGAAGAGUACUGCAGCCGAUGUUGUCGCUGAAUGUAUGGCACUUUACAGUCCAAUUGAAGAGCCAGAAAACAUUUCAGCAGAGAGCCGUCCAAACGGGACCUCGAGAAUUGCAAGCUCUGAGAAUCCAGCGUACCCAGAAUCCGACUUGGCAACGCCAUUCCAGUCUCGCCAUAACAGUUGGAGAAAUACGCAAUCAACUGUAGCCCAUCAUGCAGAUGACCAUGCACUCCAUACAAAGGCGUCCCAGAGUAGUAUUUCCGACGCAGAGUCACCCAUUUCCCAUCCAGAAAGUCGACCGGCUAGCCCUACAAUCCCACCUCGUAUGCUUACAUCGCCUUCCCAUAACCAACUUCAUGAGCUGCUAAACUCACAGAAACCCACCAAAGGCAGCAUUUAUCAGACAGUCAAUGACUCUGCUGCUUCCCUUGCACUUUCCCAUCAUCAAGAUACAGCAUCAUUAAAGACAAACCUACAUGUUGAUGCUUAUCUUGCAUCCUUAACUUCCCGUGAGGCAAUGCCAAGAUCGCGAUCUCCGUCAUUACAUCCUGAUUCAAAUCUGAAGGUAGCAUACCUGCAACGGGAAAUCCAGCUUCUACGCAACGACUUAAAUUUCGAGCGGUAUUUGAAGCACCAGCACCUGUCCGCCAUCGGUCAGUUGCGAAGCAGGCAAAUAAAGCAGGCCCGAGGUGAGGCUGAAAUACAAAACCUCAUCAAUUCUAAUGCCAUUAUCAAAUCCAAAUUGGAAGAGGCAAAGAAUCUUAACAUACAGAUGAGAACUGAGACUGAAAAGAGCAAAGCUCAUUCGCGGAAAUGGGAAAGUGAGUUAUCGGCCAAGUUGCGAAUCCUUAGAGAUGAGCAGAAGAAAUGGAUUGUCGAGCGCGAGGAACGUAUAAAGGAUCUACAACUCGCGAAACAACGGACCGAAAAGUUGAAGAAUCUUGUGAUAGAGAGCGAGGCUAGAGAGCUAGCAUCCCGUCAAAAAGUUCAAUCAGUUGAAUCGAGCCUUGAUGAGUUGGAGCGACUACGAGCCGAGGUCGAAAUUCUUACCAUAUCCCUACGAACAUACGAAGCAGGUGAGAGCGAGGCAGUAGACGCGAAAGAAAGCGAAGAAGCUGCUUUGAGGCAGGUGGAGAUUCUCAAAAUGCAACUUCUUGCACGAGACACGGAAAUUGUUCAAUCCAAACAAACCUUCGAUGGAGAGAUUCAAAAGGUCAAGGCAGAGUACGAGAAUAACAAAGAAACUGAACGCAUUCGCAGACAAGUGAUAGAUGAGGCUUUGGCGGUAAGCCAUCAUCGAAUAGAACACAUGCAGAAGGUACAUGAUCACCUACUUAAACGUUUCCAAGCUACAGAGUCGCAGUUAAUGGAGCAUAUUGAAUUUAGAAGAAAGCAUGAGCAGCGCGAGCCGCAUGAAGAAGCUCUUUUAGGCGGCGAAGCUUAUGCUUCUGACGAUUCAAUGCCACCAACAAACGCGAUAUUGAAUCCCAAUGCAGGAAAAGCACAAGACGGAUAUGGCGAUCAAAUCGAAUCAUCAUUCAGCGCCCGAUUGAAUCAGCACAAGUAUGGUAUUUCCCCGUCUAAGCAAUUGGACAAUACGAGCCGUGAACCUCAUUACACCCCACAUCCACAUGACGCAUCUCAUCCAGCUUCGGGCUCACCACCUGCCUCACUACCUACGGUGAGUACCUCAAGCGAUGACCACUCGGUAGAUACCCGGGGCAACAAGAAAGUCAAGAUUAGCCCUCAGAGUGAAUUGAGGGUUCAUGGUCGGGGGUAAGCAUUAUCUCUUUCCUACGAGUACUGCGGGAUGAUAGCUAACUAAGCUGCAAUAGUGGUGUGCAGAAUGUGGGUAAGAAAAUCAAGUCAGAGAAAGAUCAUGACCAUUCCGAUAAGAUGACCUCUGGAAAGGAUGGAUCUGAUGGCAAAAAGGAUAAGAAGCUUGCAAACAAGGCUGGUGUUGCUGCAUUCAGUUAUAGGGGAUUUGGGGGAAUGUAGGGCUUUUGAGCAGGGGCCUGUAUGAGUAUUAUGAAUGUCUGGAUAGUGUACUAAAUAGGGGUUCCUGGCGGCGUUGAUUGUUUUUUUUUUGGCGCAAUCGAAUGGGAGGGAGGCUGACUCUUGCGUCUAAAAGUUCUCGGACAGUUGUAUACAAAGAGAGACGCGUUAACUUCGGGAGAA